ACCAAGGGCCGAUAUCAGUGUCGAUGGCAUUCGCUCUCAGCUAUUCUUAGGAGCCUCCCAGGAGCUCUGCACAGCCUGGCCAGGCAACAAGGGACAGAGCAGAGAAGGCCGCCGCUGUCAGCACCAGUAUGUCCUACAGUGUGACUCUGACAGGGCCCGGGCCCUGGGGCUUCCGUCUGCAGGGAGGCAAGGACUUCAAUAUGCCCCUCACUAUCUCCCGGAUCACUCCAGGCAGCAAGGCAGCCCAGUCCCAGCUCAGCCAAGGAGACCUUGUGGUGGCCAUUGAUGGGGUCAACACGGACACCAUGACCCACCUGGAGGCCCAGAACAAGAUCAAGUCUGCCAGCUACAACCUGAGCCUUACCCUGCAGAAGUCCAAGCGUCCCCUUGCCAUCUCCACAGCAGCGCCCCCUAUCCAGUCCCCACUGCCAGUGAUCCCCCACCAGAAGGACCCUGCUCUGGACACGAACGGCAGCCUGGUGACUCCCAGCCCCAGCCCUGAGGCGAGGGCCAGCCCAGGCACCCUGGAGUUCGGGGACACCUUUAGCUCCUCCUUCUCCCAGACCUCUGUCUGCACCCCACACAUGGAGGCCCUGGAGCCUGUCCUUCCUCAGGGCAGCCCAGUGGCCAAGGCCAGCCCAGAGGGUGUACAGGGCACAGUCAGCCCCAAAGUUCUGCCAGGCCCCAGCCAACCGAGACAAUAUAACAACCCCAUUGGCCUGUACUCAGCAGAGACCCUGAGGGAGAUGGCUCAGAUGUAUCAGAUGGGCCUCCGAGGGAAGGCCUCAGGUGCCGGACUCCUAGGAGGGAGCCUCCCAGUGAAAGACUUAGCCGUGGACAGCGCCUCUCCGGUGUACCAGGCCGUGAUCAAAAACCAAAGCAAGCCGGAAGACGAGGCUGACGAGUGGGCCCGCCGCUCCUCCAACCUGCAGUCCCGCUCCUUCCGCAUCCUGGCCCAGAUGACAGGGACGGAAUACAUGCAAGACCCUGACGAAGAGGCUCUGCGAAGAUCGAGCACCCCUAUUGAGCAUGCUCCAGUGUGCACCAGCCAGGCCUCUACCCCGCUGCUGCCUGCUUCUGCCCAGCUGCCUGCUGCUGCCUCUCCCAUUGCGGCCUCGCCAACCCUGGCCACAGCUGCUGCUGCCCAUGCUGCUACUGCCUCUGCUGCAGGUCCUGCCUCAAGCCCUGUGGAGAGUCCGAGGCCACAGGCCUCUGCCUACAGCCCCGCGGCAGCCUCUUCUCCAGCACCCUCUGCCGACACCAGCUACAGUGAGGGUCCAGCUGCCCCUGCACCCAAGCCCCGAGUCGUAACCACUGCCAGCAUCCGGCCUUCUGUUUACCAGCCAGUGCCUGCAUCUACCUACAGCCCGUCCCCAGGAGCCAAUUACAGUCCCACUCCCUAUACCCCCUCCCCUGCUCCUGCUUAUACCCCCUCCCCUGCACCUACCUAUACCCCCUCCCCUGCUCCUGCUUAUACCCCCUCCCCUGCACCUACCUAUACCCCCUCCCCUGCUCCCACCUAUUCCCCUUCCCCUGCACCAGCUUAUACCCCCUCCCCUGCUCCAAACUAUAACCCCACACCAUCAGCAGUCCACGGUGGGGGCCCUGCUGAGGCUGCCAGCCGCCCACCCUGGGUGACCGAUGACAACUUCUCUCAGAAGUUUGCUCCUGGAAAGAGCACCACCUCUGUCAGCAAGCAGACCCUGCCCCGGGGGGCUCCAGCCUACAACCCAACAGGUCCACAGGUGACCCCUCUCACCAGGGGCACCUUCCAGAGAGCUGAGCGCUUCCCAGCCAGCAGCCGGGCUCCCCUCUGUGGGCACUGCAACAAUGUCAUCAGGGGCCCUUUCCUGGUAGCCAUGGGUCGCUCUUGGCAUCCAGAAGAGUUCAACUGUGCCUACUGCAAGAACUCCCUGGCAGAUGUGUGCUUUGUGGAGGAGCAGAACAAUGUUUACUGUGAACGGUGCUACGAGCAGUUUUUUGCCCCACUCUGUGCCAAGUGCAACACCAAGAUCAUGGGGGAAGUGAUGCACGCUCUGAGACAGACGUGGCAUACCACCUGCUUCAUCUGUGCAGCCUGCAAGAAACCUUUUGGAAACAGCCUCUUCCACAUGGAGGAUGGAGAGCCGUACUGUGAGAAAGACUACAUCAAUCUGUUCAGCACCAAGUGUCACGGAUGUGAUUUUCCUGUGGAAGCUGGCGACAAGUUUAUUGAAGCCCUGGGCCACACCUGGCAUGACACCUGCUUCAUCUGUGCGGUCUGCCAUGUGAAUCUGGAGGGUCAGCCAUUCUACUCCAAGAAAGACAAACCACUGUGCAAGAAGCAUGCACAUGCCAUCAACGUGUAGGGGCCCAGAGUGGCUGGUGCGGGCCAGGCCUGGGCUGCUCCUGCUACCGACAAUGAAGGAGUCAAAGAAGCUGAUGUUUCUUCUCGGGGGAGAGGGGGGAGGGGGAGAGGAAUGAUUGAGCCUUUUGAAGUCUAAUUUUAGUCUUUUCUUGUACACACAGAUUGUGUAUUUGCGUAGUUCAGACUAGAAGCCAAAAGAAGAUUCUAAACCCAGCUAGUAAUUAAUCCAUGGCUGGAACCGCACUUCAGACUUUUGGGAAAGGAUUCCAAGAAAUCAAAAAUGAAAAACAAAAAGCAAUGUUCAAAAAUGAUGCACCUCCCUGGCCAUCACUGUCACCAGUGUAGGGACAGAGCUCAGGGUAGUUAUGGAGAAUCCAAAGCACGCAGCAGAGUUCUGGAGAGCUCCUUGGCAAACAUAAUGAUGUGCCAAACAGUAUUUGCUGUGGGGUUAUUUUUAGAGCCAGCACUGAGAGCUCCUAAGCUAAGACCCAUUGGGCCUUCCUCACCAAAAAAGGAAGAGCUGUUCCAUCAGCAUCUCAGGGCUUCCUCUGCACACUGGACUUCAGAUGUAGAACAAAUGUGAAACCUGUAAGGGGAGCCCAGACAUCUGAAGUGAUGUCCGGCCACCACUGGGCAAAUGGAGAGGCUCCAGAAAGGUCUUUGGCUCAUGCCAUAGACAACUGAGAAAAGAUGAGCUCUCUCUGCAUCUCCCCCUUUCAGCCUGAAACCUCCAAUGUCCCCGGAAGGCUUUGCUCCUUUUUGAAUUGUCAUGGGAAAGUGGGGUUCUCCAGUUUUGCUUUACAAUGUGUCAGGAGAGGUUUGCAAAGGACUCUGGGUCAGGCUUAACCUUUGUUUUGCUUGAAGAAGGUCCUGAGCAUGACUGUUCUGUGCAUGUAUUUCACCCCACCCAUGACUGCUCACGUUGUGGGUAGGGAUGGAAUACAUUUUCCUCAUCUCCACCCUCAAACAGACCAGAUCUUCCUCAUCCCCACCCUCAGACAGGCUCAGUGGAAAGAAAAGAGAGAUGGCCUCAAACACGGGGUAGCGGAACAGGCUCUCAGGCCCACCUGUGCAUGGGGAGAGGAACUCGCUCCCUGCCAAAUCAGCACGGGCUGCAGGAUGCCCACCUUCAGGGCUGCACCUGCUCUUUGCUUGCUCCUUUAAAUGCAGCACACCAACUAUGUAAUCAUGCUGACUGCUGCAAGGAGCGGGAAAGAUACGUUUGCCAUUUGGGACAAUAGUUUGAAAAUAGCUGAGUGGAUUUAGAAUAUUUAUUGAAAUAGACCUGGACUUCAGAGUCCUUUAUAGAUAAACGGGGUUAGGUAGAGGUAAAGAAAAGUGGCUUCCUUUCUGGGUUUGGAAAUGGUACGGUCACUUUCCUUUCUAGGAAGUGCUGUUAGGAAGGAUGUACAUUGGAAAUGGCAUUGAAACAGGGUGUGUGUGUGUGUGUGUGUGUGUGUAUGUGUGUGUGUGUGUGUGUAUGGUAUGUGUGUUUCUCACCGGAGCACAGUAUUUAGGCACUCUACGGACUCAUUGCCCUCUCUCUUUGCUCCUGUUUUGGAUUUUUCUCUUUGCACAUUUGAAAGGCUAUUGAGGAAUGCAUUCAACCUCUUUCUUUUGAGAACUAAGGCUUCCGGGAGACUGUCAUCUCCCAGUUAGACAGAGCUUGGCAGGAAGCCCAUGGUUUUUCCAAGCAUGGAAUCCCCAGUCCCCACCAAGCAGCACGGGGAAGGUCCGAACUGUGCUCCUACCACACAGCCCUUCUUUACUUUUGAUGCAAAGCUCCAGACUGAGUAAAUCCUGCUGGGACAGCCUGGAGAUUUGUUCAGAGAUACAGAACAGCACCUUAUGCGGUCUCUUAUUUUUGGAAAGUUCAAAUAUAUAGGGAUAAGGAGUUUGCUGACUAAACAAAGGUUCUAAGCAGUUGAUUUUUUUGAAAAAGUAUCUAUUUAAUGAUCAAGAGCUGGUCUUGAAGAAGGGAAAUAAAAAUCCCUACCAUUAUGUUUCCCAAAUUUCUUUUUAAAGAUUUUUAUACAUAUGCACAGACACCACUCCUGUAUAAUUUAUCAUUUUCUGUAGGAUCUUUAAGAAAAAAAAGCAAAAUAUCCCAAAGGAAAGCAUCACUCUCAUUCUAUAUUAAAUAGUUGUUUUUUAAAUAGUUAACAGUUCAUGUAUAUUCUUGAAGGACUCUUAUUUUUAAAAAACAAAACAUUUUAGGGAUUAGGUAAAUCCAGUGGCACGGAAUGUUCCUAGUGUUCAGGAUGCUCCAGCUUUGGUCCCCAGCACUGCCAAAAACCAGUUUAAAGGUGGCGGGAAAGGGAGCUAGUUUCAAGAAUGCACACAGGGUGAGUCUGCGUAGUGUUGAGAUGAAGGCUGUGUGACGUCCAGGUUACUCUCCUGGCUUUCCUGUGACGGGCAGCAGUUUUCACUAGUUGGCAGGAGGAGCACAGUUGUCUUGUCCUCCAAGGUUGGCGUUAAUCUAGUGUGCCGAUGAAUGCUCACCUCUUAGGUUGGCAUUGAUCUAGUGUGCCUAUGAGCACUCACCUCUUAGGUUGGCAUUGAUCUAGUGUGCCGAUGAGCGCUCACCUCUGGCGCAGAAUGACCUGUACUGGCAGUGUUUGUACCACCAACCUGGUCUUUGUAAUGUGAACUUCAGCCCGAGUGAUCUUGUUUUGGGUCUUUUUCCUUUCUUUUUGGUAAGUUUUCUGAAGUGGACUAUAAUAUAUGUUAGAGGUGUGCACAAAACUAUUUUGCAUGUUUUUUAUUUUUCUUUUUUCUUCUUGUUUUUCUUUCUUUUCUUUUCUUCUUUUUUUGUUCCACGUAGAUUCUUUUUAGCAAAAUAAAAUUCAGAAAAAGAUGUACAAGUGCUGAUUUUUAUUCUGUGUAAAGUUCUUUCAUGUGUCAUAAAAAAAUAGUUGACAUCUAGAUGGCCACAAAUAAAAAUAUGAGGCAAAGUGCCCAGUGAAUAAGAAA